AUGCCCGACAACGACGCCUGGGACCGCAAAGACGAGGCUUGGGAGAGAGCGGUGAGAGAAGCCAGAUCGCUCUCCCGAUACCGUAAAGUCACAGCUUUCGCUGAGCGUAUGUUUGAGGAAUCUGCGAUGAUAUCGUUCCCAAUCUACAUCGGCGGUUCACAUGUCUCAUACCCCAUCCGACUCGGAGGUUCUUCUCUUAGGAUUCUGGUUCGUUUGCCUCUCACGGACAGAACUGGAUUCAGUGCAGAGAAAUUAUCUUUAGAAGCCGCUACAGCCGACUACCUCUCCAGACAGUCUGAGUUGCCCAUCCCAAAAGUCCAUCAUCAUGGACUCGAUCUUGAGAUCGGACCAUUCGCCAUUAUGCAAGACUUUGGUAACAAAAGGGACAUGCGCGAUUUCUUGGAGACGCCGCGAACACAUCUGAACGACCCACCAGUCUUACGCCCCGAUAUCUCAGACGAAAGGCUUGGAAUACUGUAUUUACGCAUAGCGCGAUGCGUGCUCCAGAUUGUACAGCCCUCGUUUCCUGUCAUCGGAUCUUUGGUCAGCACAACGCCCGGAUCAUGUGCUGUGCUAGGGCGCCCCAUCACAGCCAAUAUGUCCACUAUGGUACAAUUAUCCAACGUCCCUGAGUCGAUACUGCCACCCACAGGUUCCACGUAUCAAAAUACAGAUGAUUGGUACGUGGUUCUGGCCCAAAUGCAUAUGGCGACACUGGUCUUUCAACACAACGACAUGGUGUCGUCGGAAGAUGACUGCCGGUGCAAGUACGUUGCUCGACAACUAUUUCUUAGACUGGCCAAGCAACACCGGCUCUCCAAAUUUGGCUUCGCUGAAGAUGACUGGUCAGAUCGCUCCAUCACUAGUAGAUCGAAUUUAUCGAUGCCACCAGGCUCGGGAUCGUUUCGCCUUUGGAACGAUCAUUUUCAGCCAGGCAAUGUCCUGGUUGAUGACAGCGAUCUUGUUGCCGGUGUCGUUGACUGGGAGUUUACAUAUGCCGCGCCGACUCAAUUUGUCUUGGAUUCUCCCUGGUGGUUGUUACUUGACUGGCCGGAAAGAUGGCACAACGGUAUAGUAGAGUGGGCACAUGAAUAUGGAAGACGAUUAGAAACGUGGCUUUCGGCACUGCGAGAGGCGGAAAUUGAGAUGGAACCAGGUUCUUUUCUUCUGUCAACUUACAUGCGGGAUAGUUGGGAGACGGGCCGCUUCUGGCUGAACUACGCUGCCCAAAGUAGUUGGGGUUUCGACAGCAUUUACUGGAGAUAUCUGGACGAGCCAUUCUUCGGUGUGAGGGAUGCAGAGGUCCCCACCGAGCAACUUUGGAGGACGAGGAUUCAUCUUCUCACUGACGACGAAAAGGAAGCUAUGGAGCCUCUGGUACAAAUCAAGAUGGCAGAAUCGAAGGAACGGGCUUUGGUCGACUGGAAAGAUGACGAAGCAAAGCAACGCAUGUCGUCAUUCUUGUUUGAUUAA